GUGUCAGAGUGGGAAUUGAUUCCUGUGGCUUUUUAAAUCACUCCGAGGACCCUUACGGAGGCCAAAUCAAUUACUUCUUCUCCGCGUAUGGCGCUACAAUGACAAUGAGUCAUUAGAGUAGGCCUAUAGUUCUUGCUCAUGCCCAUCUUGUUUGUCACUCUUAAAAUGGCCCUUUACCUGCCUCCUGCCAUCUCUCUCUCUCUCUGUCGGACAGGAGUGCUGUGUGCAGUGAGGCCAGCAAUAUCUGGUUACUUUUAUUUGUACUGCGCACACCGCAUGUAAAUGGUCUCACACGGUAAAUAAUUACAUUUAUGAACAACUGAACGCAAAAUAUUUUAAAAUGGUGAAAGUAAAAACAGCAGCAAAGCAGCCCAGCGUCUCAGCCAUGUUGCCAUUCCUCUUGUUACAGACGGUAAACUUAAGCAGACCGUGUUAAAGCAUCCCGACUGGACAUAAGGUUGGCUAAAAUAAUCUCUUUCAGCAGAUUUCGGUGCAAAAAUCCAAAGAAAGCAAUGACAAAGAGAUUUACGUAACGCACCAAGUAAUAACGUGAGUUGUCUCAUCAUCAGAGUGCACAGCUUCACGAAUGAACUGGGGGCUCUGCAGAAGCGCGCGGUUCGGCACGCGCUAGUUGCAGCAGUCGCGCGCCCAUCAUCAUCAACCUGCAGAGUGCGACGUCGGAGACUGACUCAAAACUGACUAGCUUGUUACUGUUGCAGCCUGUGUUUCUUAUCUCGCAUCUUAGCCCGACAUACAGUUUUGGUUUGAGUAAUUGCGUUAUUAGUCCUUUCGUUUUUUCUGAGAUUGUUGGAGUCAUCAUGGAUUGCUCAGAAGAGGUUCAGUCACUCUCGGAUGAGGCGAGCACUCCGAUGGAGUUGAAGAAAGGAAUGUCCAUAUUCCUAGAUAUAUUGAGGAGGGCGGAUAAAAAUGAUGACGGGAAACUAUCGUUUGAGGAGUUCAAAGCGUACUUCUCCGACGGGGUUCUCACAGGAGAGGAGUUGAAGGAGCUGUUCCACACCAUCGACACACACAACACUGACAACGUGGAUACAGAUGAGCUGUGUGAGUAUUUCUCGCAGCACCUGGGCGAGUAUGAGAACGUGCUGGCUGCCUUGGAGGACCUGAACAUGUCUGUGCUGAAGGCCAUGGACAAGACCAAGAAGGAGUACCAGAACGCCACACACCUGGAGCAGUUUGUGACUCGUUUCCUGCUGAAGGAGACGACCAGCCAGCUGCACUCCCUCCAGAGCUCCAUAGAGUGCGCUAUGGAGACCACUGCUGAGCAGACCCGCCAGGAGAGGCAGGGGCCUGUUAAGCCAGAGGGCUUGUCGAUCCAGUGGUCUGGCCGGCGCUCCAAUCGAAGACUUCAAAGGAACAACAGCCUCUCCCCCAACAACCCUCUGCUCAGCAUCCUCCACUCUGGUCUCUUUGAGGAAGACAGCCAGUGGACGACCCAGAUCAACCGACUGCAGAAACUCAUCGACCGUCUGGAGAAGAAGGAUCUGCGUAUGGAGCCGGUGGAGGAAGAGGUGAUGGAGGGCACCACCAAAUCACAUAUCCUGAUUGUUCAGAGGCAACUCUCUGUGUUGGAGGAGGAACACGAUGAGUUCCGCUUGGCGCUCCGACAGUACAUCGACUGUGCCAGCGCUCAGACCGGCUGCCUCCAUGUGUCCGUCCAGAGGUUCUCCAAUGGAUCUCGCUUCAUCCUCUAUGAAUUCUGGGAACACAGCAAUGUGUGGAAGAAUCAUCUUCAGACAAACUACAGUAAGACCUUCCAGAGGAGCAACGUGGACUUCCUGGAGACGCCAGAGGUCAUGACCUCCAUGCUGGUGCCAGCCUCGUGGUGGGUUCUGAACAACAACUAACGCCAGCAGUAGCCGUCUUCCUUCCCAGCCCCGUUGGCCAAUCAGGUGGCUGGAUGGAGGAGAGGGGGCGUGUACCCAUGUGUGUGUCAGUGUUUAAGUGUGAAGUCAUGGUUGUCAUGGUGAUCGCCCCCGACCCCCGACCCCAUGUCAUCCAUUUGAGUAGGAGUAGUGUGUUCACUCGUAGAUGAUGUCCUUCUUCAAAGCAAUGACACUCACACACACUCACACACACACACACACAUACACACACACUCACACACACACACACACACACAC